CUCUCUCUCUCUUCCCUCUCUCUCUCUCCUCUCUCUAGUGGCUAGUAUUAGAGGAGGAGGCAGGUGUUGCACUGCGAGUAUAUGAGGUUGCUAGCCUGGCUGAUGGAUGGUCAUUCAUGUGCACAGACAUGCAUGUGAAGUGGCUGGCUGUCUAACCAGAUAUAUAGAUUCUGGUUUCCAGUUCUUGCUGGUCGGUUCAGUGUAGUUAGAGCGAGCGAGCUAGGUGAGAGAUAGAUGACCAUGGUGAGGACGGUGGUCGGCCGAGAGAAGAGCGGCGGCGUGAGGCAGUACAACAGGUCCAAGGUGCCUCGCCUCAGAUGGACGCCCGAUCUGCACCACUGCUUCGUCCACGCCAUCCACAAGCUCGGGGGACAGGACAAGGCUACGCCGAAGAGAGUUCUGCAGCUGAUGGGAGUGGGAGGACUCACCAUAUCUCAUGUCAAAAGCCAUCUGCAGAUGUACAGAAAUAUGAGAAAUGAUAUUGGAAUGCAAGGGUCGAUGAUGCAGCAGGUGCCCCGGCCGGAUCAGGAGCACAUAUACGGAGGAGGCGGCAUGCAUGUGGAACUCUGCAGUGAGGAUGCACAGCGGCAGCAGUGGGAUCAUGAGUGCGAUGGCCCCUGCUGCCGCUCGCCAAAGCCUAGAAAGGAGCCAACAAUGCCGCUGCUGCUUCAGCUUCACCCCCAACUGAAAAGGACGGAGACGAGGCGGUCGCGGGAGGAGGAGAAGGCGGAUUACGGCGGCAGCGCGAGCCCCAAGAGCCUGCUGCGAGGCCCAGGGCCAGGAAUAUGCGAGGGCGACGGGUCAUCGCCGCCGCCGCGCCUCUACUGCGCCCUCGCAGCAGCAGGUGGCUACAACUACAUGCGCAUCAUGCAAGCGGCCAUGGGCGGCAUGGCUGCUGCUGCUGCUGCUCCUCCUCCUCACGCGGAGCCGGAGGUGGUGGUGGAGCAGCCCCUGCAGCAGGGAGCGGGAAUAAAGCGGCAGCGGCACGAGGCGCGGCCCGCCGCAGCAGCCGGCCCUCCCUGCAGCAGGAGCAAGCUCUUCACAUUCUUGGGCUUCGUGGUGGCGCCGGUGCCGGCCGCCGCCUGCCGUGACCACCCUUUUGAGAUAGCCGGCAGAACUCCAAGGUUGCCGGGUAGCCUCGAGACGCCAAGCAACAUGGCCGUCGUGCGCCGAGGCGCCAGUGAUCCGCCGGUGGGUUCGUCGGGGCACGACGACGACCGCGGCUGCUCGCUAUCGCUGUCCUUGGCGCUGGACAGCUGGAGCGGGCGGUGCUGCAGGCACACCGGCGAGGACGGCAGCCUAUUGUCGCCGACGACGUCGUCGGCGGGGAGCCGGAUCAGCCUCGACCUGUCGCUGUCCACGUUGUGGGAUCCAUCGUCGAAUUGACGACCUCUGCGGGCUGCGGUGGCGUGUUUCUUAUGCCCAUGUGGAGGGGUGCAGCAUGGGCCUAGGUGGGCCUCUUGGUGUAGUGUUAUUACAAUUUUUGCCUGGUGUCGUUGUAGCCUUUGGCCCAUACGGCCCAGAUGUAAUAGCAGCCAAGUUUCCACUUCCUUUCCGUUAUAUGGUGUUGCCGUGUUUCU